AUGUUUCAUUUAGCAUCAUCAUUGUAUACUCAAUAUACCAAAAGAGAACAAUAUAAUAUAUUAAUACUUGGACUAGAUAAUGCUGGUAAAACUACAUUUUUAGAACAUAUAAAACUACUAUAUCCUUCAACAACAGCUACUACUUCCACCAAAAAUGAUUUAAAUAAGAAAUCAAAUAGUCUAACGUCCAAUUUACAGAAUGAUUCACAAUCAGAUAAUACCAAUCCAAAUGGGAAUGAGGAACAACAAGAACCAAGGUCAACAACCUCAAUACUAAAGUCUAAAAAAAUAUUGCCAACAGUAGGGCAAAAUACAACAACAAUCAAAUUUGAAUCAUCUGAUAAAUCAAAUCCAAUGUCAUCACAAUUUAAAAAUAUAAAUCUAAAAUUUUGGGAUCUUGGAGGUCAAAAAUCCUUAAGAAAUAUGUGGUCAAGAUAUUUCAAACAAUGUCAUGGUAUAAUAUUUGUAAUAGACUCAACAGAUACAGCCAGAUUCCAAGAAUGUUAUGAAACUUUAAUUGAUAUAGCACAUCAUGAUAGUUGGUUGUUGAAUGAUAAUGAUAAUGAUGUUCAAGAUACUGAAAGAAUGAUUGGUGUAGAUGGGACAGUAAAUGUUCCAAUAUUAAUGCUUGCUAAUAAACAAGAUUUACCACAAGCUGUUGAUUUAGUAACAUUAAAGACUGGUGUAUUUAUAAAAUUAGUAAGUGAAUUAGAAGCAACUGACUCAAAAUUAUUACCUGUUAGUGUUUUAGAAAAUCAAGGCUUACAAGAAAGUUUAGAGUGGUUAGUUACUAGGCUAAUUUAUAAUAAGGGAAAUAAGAAACCCGAAUAUAGGUAA